UCGGCCCUGCGUGUGUUCCCGGUUUGCUGUGUGGUAUUGCCACACCCAUUCAUCUGACGCUGACCUAUCGCAACUUCAUCCGUUGUCUCCAGCAUUAGCCGCGAAUUUCAAACUGAAAGGAUAGCUGUGGAAAUGUCAGACCCGCAACCUCCUUCACCCGGACGUCGGAGAUCAUCCAGGCUCCAGCCGGGAACUGCAGCCAAUGGCCGGGGAAACAGACAGGUGGAACUGGAGAAAGUUUUGGGAAUUACAGUAUCCAGCAACAGCAGUAUUACAUGUGACCCUAUUUCUGGACUUAUUGCCUAUCCUGCUGGAUGUGUCAUUAUACUUUUAUGUCCCAGAAAAAACAAGCAAACACACAUUUUCAACACAUGCAGGAAACCUUUCAGUGCUUUGUCAUUUUCACCUAAUGGAAAGUUUAUUGUUACUGGUGAUAGUGGGCACAAUCCAGCUGUCCGAAUAUGGGAUGUGGCUGAGAAAGUCCUGGUAUCUGAAAUGCUGGGACACAAAUAUGGAGUGUCAUGUGUGUGCUUCUCUCCUGAUAUGAAAUAUGUUGUGUCUGUGGGCUAUCAGCAUGACAUGGUUAUCAAUGUGUGGGACUGGAAGGCGAACAUCAUUGUUGCCAAAAACAAAGUUUCUAGCAAAGUAUCUGCAGUGUCAAUUUCAGAGGACAACAGUUAUUUUGUUACUGUAGGAAGCCGGCAUGUCAAAUUCUGGUACAUGGAGACCACUAAAAAAAUCCAGGUUAAUGGAACAGUGCCUCUGGUUGGCAGGUCAGGAUUAUUAGGAGACCUUCACGAUAAUGUUUUCUGUGGAGUAGCUUGUGGAAAAGGCAAAAACUCUAGGAGUACUUUUUGCAUUGCAUAUUCUGGAGUUCUUUGCCAGUUUACGGACAAGAGAGUGUUGGAAAAAUGGAUUAAGUUAAAGGUAUCUUCGUCAUAUUGCCUAGCUGUAACAGAGCGAUUUGUCUUUUGUGGUUGUGUAGACGGAAUUGUUCGAAUAUUUAACGCACAAAACCUUCAGUACAUUACAGAUUUACCCAAGCCACAUUACUUGGGGAUAGAUGUCUCGCUUGGGAUUGAUCCAAGCACAUUGUUUGCAAAACAGACAGAUUCAAGUUACCCUGAUACUUCAGCAUUGGUGUAUGAUGAAAGAAACCAGUGGCUUUGCUGUGUAUAUAAUGACCACAGUCUUUACGUCUGGGAUGUCAGCGAUACAAGGAAAGUGGGAAAGGUCUAUUCUGGACUUUAUCACAGUUCAUUUGUAUGGAACAUAGAGGUUUUUCCAGAGGGUCUGCAGAAGCCAUAUCUUCCAUCUGGAUCCUUUUUUUCAUGCUCAUCUGACAACACUAUACGUCUCUGGAACACUGAAAGAAAUGCAAACCUGUAUCUAGGAAAGAAUAUCUACAGCAAUGACUUGCAUAAGGUAAUUUAUGUUGACAAUAACAUAGAGUAUCUAAAGGACACUUCUGGCAUUACAGAAAAAUCUGAUUCUAGAGAUACAAAAAGUGGGAUACGUGUACUCAAAAUUCGUCCCGAUGGGCAACAUUUGGCCUCAGGUGACAGGACAGGGAACAUCCGAAUAUAUGACUUGGGAAUAUUUGAUGAAUUGUUGACAAUAGAAGCACAUGAUGGGGAGGUAUUAUGCCUUGAGUAUUCAAAGCCUGCAACUGGUGUCACAUUGCUUGCUUCAGCAAGUCGGGACAGACUUAUUCAUGUUCUAAAUGCGGAGAAGGAUUAUAUUCUGGAGCAAACACUUGAUGAUCACUCAUCUUCCAUAACAUCUGUCAAGUUUGCUGGGGAUGGAGAAGAAAUUAUUAUGAUAAGCUGUGGAGCAGAUAAAAGUAUAUAUUUCCGUCCAGCCCAAAUGCUUUCAGAUGGGAUUCAUUUUAGUAGAUUGCAUCACACAGUAGAGAAAACAACUAUGUAUGACAUGGAUGUGGAUGUGAGCCAGAAAACUGUAGCUGUUGCUUGUCAAGAUAAAAAUGUCAGACUCUACAGUGUGGCAAGUGGUAAACAAGAGAAGAUUGUUAAAAGCUCUCCAGGUGGAGGGUCAUUGCUAAAGGUACAAAUUGAUCCCUCUGGAACUUUUUUCACAACUAGUUGCUCCAGUAAGAACAUAUCCUUCUUUGAUUUGUUAUCCGGUGAAUGUGUAGCAGAGGUAUAUGGGCAUUCAGAUUUAGUGACUGACAUGAAGUUUACAAAUGACUGCAAGAGAUUAAUCACGGUGUCUGGAGACAGUUGUGUGUUUAUCUGGAAACUGGAUCCUGCCAUGACUACCUGCAUGAAACAGCGUCUUCGUGAAAUGGGCAUCUUUGGGGACCAAAAGACUACCUCUUAUGACGAAUGUCUGAACUCCCGGAGAGAAACCUACACAGCAGAUUACCUUGAAGAAAGUGCUCAAGAUGAAAUAUUCAUGGACAACAGUUGCGAAACUGAGGAUUCCUCCACGCAAACACCAUCAAAGGAGACUGAUGAAACUGAUGCAAGCUUCCUAAAGACCAAUGGGAAAAUGCCCUUGUGGGUGCGAAAGCUGGAUAAAGACGAAGAUGCUCUGCUUAAUCAAAAUAAAAUGAACUCCUAUCAACCUCGUGGGCGUUGGGCUCAAAGUGAUAGCAACAUUAUUAUCAUGCAAUCUUUAGACACAGAAGAUAAAAGUUUUUGUUGUACCCCAGACCAAGGGGAAAGUAGCCAUUCUUUUCUCCGUGACAAUACUGAUUUUGUGUUUGCUGAGCCACAGAACUUCCAGCACCUGUUGGAGUCAGAAGAAGGAAAUGUUCACUCACUGGCCAAUGGGACAUUUAUGCAGGAUUUGUCUGAUGAAGAUUCUGAUGUUAAAACACAAUCUAUAGACUCAAACGGUGGCAUUUUUUACCCUUCGUCUCUGCAGCUGUCUAUGCAAGAGGAAAGUGACUUUGCUAUAGAAGAGCAUCAGAUAUUUUCUGACACAUUUGAUAUGAGCGAUGCCAAAACAAUACAAGACUUCUUGCCUGGUUGCCACCACGAUAAAGAUGAAGACUCGUUAACAUCAGAGACCUGUUCUGAGGCAGAUGUGGAUGAAAACGAUUUGCCAGGCACCUCUCAACCUCAGACACCAGAAGAGGAAAAGUUCCUUCUGAAACAUUAUGACACAUUGACAGAUGAUUUCUCUGAAGAACGAUUUGACAACUCGUUGAAAGACCUGCAACCUCCAGAUGACGAUGACCAUGAUUUUUAUCUAAAUCCACGUCUCAGUUUUUCUGCCCAAUUUCUCACUCGCUUCCAGAAGACCAGCAGACCUGAAAACUCAGACCUGCUCCCCGAACAGCAAGAGAAAAAUGAUUCACAAACACUGGAGAAUGAUGAACAAAUAAUUAAUUUAAAGACAUCUUCUGAGAAACCAACAGAAGACAAGUUACUGGAUAGAUCAGAAAAAAAUAAAAAUGUGAAAUCAACAGAUUUCUCAAACUCAUGUAAUUUGCAGAAGUUGCAGAAUGACAAAGCAGCAUCACGCUCAUCAUUUCCUGGGUGUGUAUCAAGUAAAAAUGGAGCAUUCAACAAAUCCAAAAAAGGGCGGUCUUACAUGGAUGCCACUACUAGCUCAAAGGCAAAGAUAUUCCGCAGUGUGUCAAUGGGAGACAAUCUUAACACUACCCAUACUGAAGGCCAGAAAAAGUUCUCUAAUCUAUCUAGGCCUGCGUCAAGUAAUGAUUUGCUGUCUUUGGACCAAAUUAAUUGCUAUAAUGCAGAAGAUAAUUUGUGUGAGCCGGCUCUCAUUCCUAUAACAAAUAAACCCGUGGAUGUGGAUGCUUCACCUGAUAAGCUCUUAAUGCCUCCUCCUCCACCUUCCUGUGUGGUUAUUCCUCGUCUUAAAAGAAAAGCACAGUCUGCCAGUAACUUGGCUAAACCAUUGGGAAAAGAGGAUCAAAAUGACGGAGCAAGAAAGAACAAAAGUACAGAAUCCAGAAGAAGUGGGGUGGAGAAUAGUACGAAGACAAAAAACGCUUUCAGGAGAUCUUCAUUAACAACGAGCAAAACCGCAAACAUGGCGGACUCUUCAAGGAGAGCAUCUGUAGCAGAACUUCCAACUCACAAAAAUGAAUUUCAGGAAGUGGAAGACUGCAAAAAUGAAAGCCACGUAGUAGCAGUUGUUGCAAGCAAUGAGAUGUCUACAUUAUCACCCAUGCCUUUUGCCAGCAACCAUGAAAAUUAUGGUGCAAAAGUUCUUCUGGGUAAAUGUGAAGCUGUCAUUGAAAACCUUUGCAGUGCAUUUCACAAGACUCUGGAACUUUAUAGUGAGAUUGAUAUUUCUGAUGGCUCUCACGAGGAGAAACAACAGAUGAAAUCUCUGUUUUAUGCAUCCUUCAACCACAUUCGAAGUGAGAUGGAUUUACUGGAAACUGAUCAGAACACAAACACAGCAAAUAACACAGAGGCAAGAACAAAUGAACACCAAGUCCGUAAUCCUACCCUUGACUUGCUGGAACAUUAUUCGGAGAUGAUGUUGAAACUGAUGAAGGAGAAGAUUGUCAGCAAUUAAACUGUACAGUUUCAUAAUAAAGACGUUAUUUAUGAAUUGGAUUUGGACUGUUUAUCCUUAGGUCUGAGCUUCUCCAGUUUGACAGACCUAAUCUAAGUCAUGUACAGAAGACAUGCUAAAGUAUUAUGUGAAACUACGUUCAUGCACCAUGUUAGAGAUUUUAAAGGGAAUCUAAAUCAUUUAAAAAAAGUGUGUACUUUUGCAAUUUACAUUAAUUUUACUGGUUUCUUAGAUAUUGGCAGUUUUAGACUAUUAAUAACAGCCAGUGUCCCUGUGAUGCUGGUUUUGAAAUAAAGCUGUUGAGCCAAAAGCUAUUCCUUCUGAUGUGGUACAUAGCUCAGUAUAACACUGGUACCUGGACCCAAUAUUUAUGUAAUGUUUACUGAACUUUAGAUCUCCGCUUAGCAAUGCACUUUAAACAUCAUGCCACUCACAGGACUGUUCAUGGAAACAAAAUAUAUAUAUAUUUAUACUGUAGAUGCAUCCUUUUAAAUAUAGUGUUGUUGGAGCAGAAAAAAAAUGUUGCUGGAAAAUACAAAACUACUAGUUCUCCUAUCUCCAUAUGAUCCUGACACUUCAUUUCUCAUAACAUCUUGUAAAUGAGACUCAUUAACACCAUGUUUUGGUUCACUGUUUAAAAAAAAAAAACUUUGGGAGAUUAUAUUAAAACCAUGGGGUAAAUUUAUCAAAGAGUGAAGUUCCGCCACUAGAGUGAAAUUCCGCAGCUCUCCAUUCAUUUCUAUGGGAUUUUGAAAGGCGUAUUUAUCAAUGGGUGAAAGUGAAAUUUCACUCUUUGAUAAAUAGGCCUUUAAAAACCCCUCAGAAAUCAAUGGGAAGUGGCGGAAUUUCACUAUUAACUUCACUCUUUGAUAAAUAUACCCCCAUGUGCCUACAUUUUGUAUUUCAAAAGUCUGAUUAGAUGAUGGCUAACAAGUUGUCCCUGUGUUUAUAGAGUAAUGCUAAAUAUUCGUCUUAAUGGAUGUGUUGGCACAGUUCAUUCGGAUUUUAGCAAUUUUUAGCUCUUAAACAUGACUCUUGCUAUGGCUUAGUCUUCCUGUACAGCUGCAAACACAAUUAUCCAAGUGAUUUCUACAAUUUUAAAUUGUGUUAUUUUCCAGCACUAUUACAUAUGUACAGUAACUAGUAUGUAAAAUGUUCCCUCUGCAAUUCCUUUCUCUAGUUUUAUGCAGUGUAGUUUAUAGAACUCCACUAAAGUUCAGUAAUUUUUUUUAGACAAAAAAUUGACAACUUUUUUUUAUUGGAGAAGUGUUGAUCCAAAACAGAACAAAACGCUUGCAACUGAAUUUAUUUAUUGUACUUAGUUAUAAAUCAUUGAUUUGUGGUUGUAUAUGAAUGCUAACAUAUAUCAAGUAUAAAAACUAAAUUAUCCUUCCAAAGUAAGAUUUAUAUGUUUGUAAAUAUUAUUUUUGUUUUUUUGUCCACUCAUUCUUGCAUCAGUUUUUGUGAUCCCAACACCUUUCACUCUAUAAUAAAGAGAAAUAAUAUACA